AUGAUCAACCUCGUGGCUCUUAGUCUUGUAAUGGCUUCACUCGCCGGAGCAGGUACCAUCGUGAAGGAAGGUCACAGAGUGGUCGUGGUGGAAUACGACCAAGACGGCCACCAUAACACCAAAAUCUCUAUCACCCCAGAUCAACCUCUUCACGCUCCUAAGGAGCUCAUUUGCGACGCUUAUGGAAAAUGCAAGCACAAGAUUGCCGACGCCAUGGGAAGAGCAAAGGAUACAAAAGCGAAAGAUACUUUAAAAGGAGCCAAGGAAGUUAGUGAAACAGUGGCAGAUUCAGUUGGAAAGGCCAAAGAAACAGUUUCACAUAGGACACAUUAUGUCCAAGAAAAAGCCAAAGAUACCUUAAAAGAAGCAAAGGACACUGGAAAUACUCUCAGGAAAGAUGUUUCGAGCAAUGUUUCAGAAGCAGUGAAGAAUGUUGGAAGCUAUAUAGGGUCAAAGGAGACGCUAGAUAAUGUGAUGAGUGCUGCAAAUUUGAUGGGUUUUGCUACUGCUUAUGGGUUAUGUGUUUGGGUUACGUUUGUUUCAAGCCACGUGCUUUCUAGGGCUAUGCCAAGGCAACAAUUUGGGGUGGUUCAGAGUAAGAUUUACCCAGUUUAUUUUAGGACUAUGGCUUAUAGUGUUGGAUUGGCUUUGUUGGGGCAUGUUUUGAGACAUCGAAAGACUGUGUUCUUCAGCAAGGCUGAAAUGUUUCAAGUCUUUAAUCUGUUGGCCUCGCUUUUAACUCUCUUUGUCAAUUCCAUGUACUUGGAGCCGCGUGCCACUAAGGUUAUGUUCGAGAGGAUGAAAAUAGAGAAAGAAGAAGGAAGGGGAAGGGGAGAUCUUACCUCUGAACUUGGCAAAGGGAAUCAGCACACUACCGGAGAACACGAUGUGGUCCGAUCCCGGAUUAUUAGGCUGAACGACAAGCUGAAGAGGCUUAAUUCACAUUCAUCACUGCUAAAUAUUCUGAAUUUGAUGUCUCUUACAUGGCAUCUGGUUUAUUUGGCUCAAUGCCUUCACCACAAUUGUUAA